AGUUGUAGAAAGUAUAUCUAUUCACUUUCCUUUUAUAAUAAACCAUCAAACACCCUUCUUCUUUAUAAACCUAAAACCUUCUUAAUCAUACUCAUAAAAUUCCCUCUUUCUUAUCAUUCUCUCCUCCAUUGAUAAUUCCUUCAUGACAAAGAAACUAGAAGGUUCUAAAAAAGAAAAUAAAGCAUGGAAACCCAUGACAACGAAAUGUUGUUCAGUGGAGGACUCCAUAAUAUUAGGUAUAACUUUCGGUAAGAAGGCUCGAACCUCCGACCUUAUGUCUAAGAAUAUGGCUCCAUUGCCUUCGUUUAGAAGGUUGGCAUAUUCAGGCCACCUGAGCAACCUCAGUAGCUGCUCGUCGCAGCGGAUUAACGAGGAUUUAGCUCAGUCAUUCGGUUUGGACUUGUUCGAUUUUCAACUUAGUGAGCUAAGAGCUAUCACUCAGAAUUUUUGUAGGAGUUAUUUGCUUGGAGAAGGUGGCUUUGGGAAGGUUCAUAAAGGGUAUGUUGAUGAGAAUUUUAAGUGUGGGUUGAAAGCUCAAGCUGUUGCUGUUAAGCAUUUGGAUAUUGAAGGUUUGCAAGGACAUAGGGAAUGGCUAUCUGAAGUGGUAUUCCUGGGACAGCUAAGACACAAAAAUCUGGUUAAACUCAUUGGUUAUUGCUGUGAAGAUGAAGAGCGUCUUCUUGUCUAUGAAUUCAUGCCUAAAGGCAGCCUAGAAAAUCAUCUAUUCAAGAGGUUAUCUUUAUCAUUACCAUGGGGAACAAGGCUUAAGAUAGCAAUAGGAGCGGCCAAAGGUCUAGCCUUCUUACAUGAAGCAGAGACACCCGUCAUAUACCGCGAUUUUAAGACCUCCAACAUCUUGCUAGAUUCUGAUUUCACAGCUAAAUUGUCUGAUUUUGGGCUGGCAAAGAUGGGUCCUGAAGGAUCCAAUACUCAUGUUACUACUAGGGUUAUGGGUACUUAUGGUUAUGCUGCACCAGAGUAUGUUUCUACAGGACAUUUGACAACUAAAAGCGAUGUCUACAGUUUUGGAGUGGUACUACUAGAAUUACUUACAGGAAGACGAUCAAUGGACAAAUCGAGGCCAAAAGGAGAACAACAUAUAGUCGAUUGGACAAGGCCGUACUUGCCUAGCAGCCGGAAGAUAAGAUACAUAAUAGACCCAAGACUAGGUGGUCAAUACUCGGUUAAAGGUUCAAAGGAGAUGGCUCAAUUAGCUCUACAAUGUGUAAGCCUAAUCCCUAAGGAUAGGCCGAAGAUGUCAAUGGUCGUACAAGCACUCGAAUUGUUGCAAAAUUACAAGGACAUGGCGAUUGCUUGUGGUUUAUGGCCACCACCAAACACAAAAUCAAGUAAGACAAAUGGAAUUUCUACCAAAGGAAGGGGGUAUUGUAAGCCUUCACCUGUUGCACCAAUUAGAAAAUUAUGAAUUGUAAUUAGUUGGUGAUUAUUUGAAUGAUACUAUACUUAUAUUUAAAUUAAUAGAUAUAAAUGUGGACAUGCAUGCAUGUCUACCCAAGUUUAUCAAAACCAAAGGCCAACAAAAGGGAAAGUGGUUUGUUUGGGGAGUGGGUGUACCCAAGGCAUGAUAUAUAUUAAUAUAUUAUUAUGAUUGCCAUGUAUGUACAUAUUUUGGGUGUAAUAAA